AUGAAGAUCCCGGCCUCUGUCCACAUCUGCGGCACCAUGCUGGCCCUGCUCUCACUGCUGGCUGUCCUCCAGACUGCCACAGCCCGCAAGAAUGACAUCGACAUCUACAGCCUCACCGUGGACUCCAAGGUCUCAUCCCGAUUUGCCCACACGGUCGUCACCAGCCGGGUGGUGAACAGGGCCGAUACUGUGCAGGAGGCCACCUUCCAGAUGGAGCUGCCCAAGAAAGCUUUCAUCACCAACUUCUCCAUGAUCAUCGAUGGUGUGACCUACCCAGGGAACAUCAAGGAAAAGGCUGCAGCCCAGGAGCAGUACCACGCGGCUGUGGCCAAGGGAGAGAGUGCCGGCCUUGUCAAGGCCACUGGGAGAAAGACAGAGCAGUUCCAAGUGUCAGUCAGUGUGGCUCCGGCUGCCAAGGUCACCUUUGAGCUGGUGUAUGAGGAGCUGCUCAAGCGGCAUCUGGGGGUGUAUGAGCUACUGCUGAAAGUGCAUCCCCAGCAGCUGGUCAAGCACCUGCAGAUGGACAUUCACAUCUUCGAGCCCCAGGGCAUCAGUUUCCUGGAGACAGAGAGCACCUUUGUGACCAACGAGCUAGAAAAGGCCCUCACCACCUCACAGAACAAGACCAAGGCUCAUAUCCAGUUCAAGCCAACGCUCUCCCAGCAGCAAAAGUCUCCAGAGAAGCAGGACACAGUCCUAGAUGGCAACUUGAUCAUCCGCUAUGAUGUGAACCGGACCCUCUCCGGGGGCUCCAUUCAGAUUGAGAACGGCUACUUUGUGCACUACUUUGCCCCAGAAGGCCUGCCCACAAUGCCCAAGAAUGUGGUCUUUGUCAUUGACAAGAGCGGCUCCAUGAGUGGCAGGAAAAUCGAGCAGACCCGAGAAGCCCUAAUCAAGAUUCUGGAUGACCUUAGUCCCAAAGACCAGUUCAACCUCAUCGUCUUCAGCAUGGAGGCAACCCAGUGGAGGCCAUCACUGGUGCCAGCCUCAGCCGAGAACGUGAACGAGGCCAGGAGCUAUGCGGCCAGCAUCAAGGCCCUGGGAGGGACCAAUAUCAAUGACGCGAUGCUGAUGGCCGUGAAGCUGCUGGACAAUGACAACCGGAAUGAGCUGCUGCCCGCGGGGAGCGUCUCACUUAUCAUCCUGCUCACUGACGGCGACCCCACCGUGGGGGAGACCAACUCCACGAAGAUCCAGAAGAAUGUGCAGAAAGCCAUAGGUGACAAGUACAGCCUCUUCUGCCUGGGCUUCGGCUUUGAUGUCAGCUACACCUUCCUGGAGAAGAUGGCGCUGGACAACGGUGGCCUGGCUCGGCGCAUUUAUGAGGACUCAGACUCCGCCCUGCAGCUCCAGGACUUCUACCAGGAGGUGGCCAACCCACUGCUGGAGGCGGUGGCCUUUGAGUACCCGAGCAACGCUGUGGAGGAGGUCACGCAGGACAACUUCCGGCUCCUCUUCAAGGGCUCAGAGAUGGUAGUGGCUGGGAAGCUCCGGGACCAGAGCCCUGAUACGCUCUCAGCCAAAGUCAUCGGGCACAUGCAUAAACAGAACAUCACUUUCCAAACGGAGUCCAGUGUGGCAGAGCAGGAGGAGGAGUUCCGGAGCCCCAAGUACAUCUUCCACAACUUCAUGGAGAGACUCUGGGCAUACCUGACCAUCCAGCAACUGCUGGAGCACAGUGUUUCUGCAUCAGAUGCUGAACGGCAGGCCCUCAAGACCCGAGCUCUGAACUUGUCACUCAGCUACAGCUUUGUCACACCUCUCACAUCUAUGGUGGUCACCAAACCUGAGGGCCAAGAACAGUCUCAAGUUGCUGAGAAGCCCGUGGAAGAAGAAAACCGACACAGGAAAGUCUACUCAGGUAAGGGCCUAAGUUCCUCUGAGGGUGUCCUGGGUGGUGACCCACUGUCACAAGGCUCAGUGCACCCCUCCAUGAGAAACAACCACGACGGUGCCCGCAAGAACUGUGCACUGGCCGUCCCAGCCCCCAUCCAGGCUCCUUCAGUUAUCCUGCCGCUGCCUGGGCAGAGCGUGGACCGGCUCUGUGUGGACAUCACGCAAUCUGAGGAACCAAUGAAUCUGCUCUCAGACCCUACCCAAGGGGUUGAAGUGACUGGCCAGUAUGAGACGGAGGAGGCUGGGUUCUCAUGGAUUGAGGUGACCUUCAAGAAUCCCCAGCUGCAGGUUCAUGCAUCCCCUGAACACGUGGUGGUGAUUCGGAACAGAAGAAGCUCUGCGUAUAAGUGGAAAGAGACGCUGUUCUCGGUGAUGCCCAGCCUAAAGAUGACCAUGGACAAGACGGGUGUCUUGCUGCUCAGUGGCCCAGACAAAGUGACCAUCGGCCUACUGCCAUGGGAUGGACCCGGUGAGGGGCUCCGGCUCCUUCUGCGUGACACUGACCGCUUCUCCAGCCACGUCAACGGGACUCUUGGCCAGUUUUACCAGGACGUGCUCUGGGGGCCCUUAGAAGCGGCAGACGACAGCAAACGCACGUUGAGGGUUCAGGGGAAUGACCAUUCUGCCACCAGAGAGCUCAAGCUGGAUUACCAGGAGGGGCCCCCAGGAACAGAAAUUUCCUGCUGGACUGUGGAGCUGUAGUUCUGAUGGGAGGAGCUAUGGCCCCCCCACCUCAUGCCACCCCACUGAAUGCAGAUGGCUGGCGACCUGCAACCAGAGGGCCACCUGUGGGGCCCGGGGAGGGGGACUCCCAUUCAUUACAAAUAAAGGUGGGCAUAUCUGGCUCCAUCUGGCUAAACCCCAAGGCCUCAGAA